AUGCACGCGUGGGCGUCCUGGCUGCUUUCUGGCCGCGGCGACCCCAAUGAACUUGUAUACCCGCCAGGGUACUGCAGCAAGUUCCUGGCUGGUCUUCGCGACGGCCUUGCUGCCGUCGGCACGUCGGCGGCAGACGCCUCCGGCUCAGGGACAGCUUCCCGUGUUUCCCGCCAUGGGGCCGCGAUCGGCAUCCAGGAGUUCCAGCCCACGUGGCGGGAGCUGGUGAGGCGGCUGAGCGUGCACAGGCCGUCCCUGAAUUGCCGCGCCGGCCGGGUCGAUAUCGACGAGCGGGAGAAUCUGAGGCUCGCGUCUGAAGAAGGAGUGCUGGGGUCUGGGGUGCCCAGCAUCGCGCUCUACGGGGGGCGUGGCGCCGCUGCGGCGAUCGUCUGGGCGUACGACGCGACCAGGGACGACCUGGAGUCCUCGUUCCCCUCCGCGGCGGAGCUCGAGGGCGCGGUGGCCGCCCGCUGUCGCGAGGACGAG